UUUCAAUAUUUCCGGGUGGUGAUGAUAUGCUGCUCCACGCACGGCGCAUUAUUUCUCCUCUAAACACGGAGCUGCAAUAGCCCCUGUGCCACACCCAGGCUUCAUAGAUUGCUUUGCUUUUUCCGCAUAUACAAAACAACGUCUAGCGGAAAUCGGUGUGUUAGUCUAGGUUUGCAGCAAGGAGAAUUAGAUCUUACCGUGCCAGCAGGUGGCAGUAAUGCGCCUUAAAUUGGCUUGCAAACCGCCAAUAAACAUAGGAAGAAGACGCUAAGGAGAAGAACACAAUACGGAAACAAGGAAUCAUCAUCAUCAUCAUCAUCGUCAACUUCAACUUCAAACUAAGGUCUCCCAUGUAAAGCCCCCUCAGGCUGACAGGAGCAGCUCUGUGAUGAUGGACAGUUAGUCAUACCGCAAUGGAAACUCCAGUCGCAGCUUCCACUCCUUCCAACUCCUCCACUCCUCCUCCCCUAGCUCCCCUCCGUCCGGCUGUGGCCCCGUCGGUGCAGCUUGGCUUCACCAUCCUCUACACCGCUCUGUACGCUGGACUCUUCCUGGUGGUGUACGUCCAGCUCUGGCUUCUCUUCCUUUACAGACACAAAAGAUGGAGCUAUCAGAGUGUAUUUCUGUUCCUCUGCCUGCUCUGGGCUGCCCUGCGCACCACCCUGUUCUCCUUUUACUUCUGCGAUGCCCUGCAAGCCAACCACCUACCUGUUGCACUCUACUGGCUGCUCUACUGCUUCCCUGUGUGUCUGCAGUUCUUCACGCUCAGCCUUAUUAACCUGUAUUUUACUCAGGUGUUACUCAAAGUGAGGGAGACUUACAGCUCAGAAGGGGACAGAAGACUGUGGCUGUGCCGGUGUGUAUAUGGUGCACUGAGUGCCUUCUUCCUCACUAUCAACAUCAUGUGCGCGGCUCUUGGGGACCGGGGCCGCAGUGGGUCAGGGAAGUGGACCUGGAAUCUGGUCCUGGUUCGAGUGCUAUGCAAUGACAUACUGUUCAUCUUUGAUGCAGUGUUACUGGCUGCUUCAUUGUUGCUCCUGACCCGCUAUUCGCACUCCACUAGCCCCUACCUGAUCAGCAAGGGGACCACAGUGUGCCGCACAGCAGCACUGGCAACAGCAGUGAUCUUGUUGUUUGCCAGCCGAGCCUGUUACAACCUUACAGUCCUCUUUCUGUCCCAGAGCCACCAGGUGGAGUCGUUCAACUUCGAUUGGUACAACGUGUCCGACCAGGCUGACCUGCGUAAUGAACUGGGUGAUAGGGGCUACCUGGUCUUUGGUGCCAUCCUCUUCAUAUGGGAGCUGCUUCCAACCAGCCUGCUCAUCCUCAUUUUCAGGGUUCGUCGGCCUACUCAGGAGACCAGCAGCAGCCGGGUCCUACCUCGUCCAUAUUUCUUUGACGACCCUCAAGUCAACGAUGAGGACGCACCUGUUCCAUGGAUACGCAGUUCUCAUCCUCAGUCAAGCUGGUAUGGAGCAGAGAGCGCUCCUCUCCUGUUUGCCAGCAACCCUCUAGACCAGAACCUCCAGCACCACUCAUUCUACUCCACUCCCCGGAACUGAUCCUGACUCCUGACCAUGAUCAGGGUUUUGGUAUUUUUCAUCACAAGAAUAAAAUACACACAGCUACCAGCCAGUUGGACCUCCCUGUGUGAGCAGCUUUUGCACAGAAUUCUCAGGAAAUCAUCACCAGAGAGUGACUAUGCACCUUGUAGUUUCUGAACAGAGAAUAUAAUUAAACUUUUUUAGCUCAAAUGGAACAAAAAUGUUGGGAAUCGCUCCUUAUUAAGAUCAAUCUGAGACGAGGUCAGCUAGUGUUUACAAUUCCCAAAAAUGGCACAUUUAUCUUUGUUAACAUUCCUUAAUAAAGAAUACAUGUAAUGUAGCGUAGUUCCUACUGUAAGUGGCAGCAUUGGUACCAGGCAGUGACGAGAGUAAUUUGCAGUGUUUUGAUAUUCAAACUAAGUAUUCUCUUACAUUGUUAUCCAUGUAUAGGAAACAGGCUGAAAAUACAAAUGACCAGUUGUUUGCUUUGGCAUUUUUUGUUUCGUUUCUUUAACUUCAGUAGUCUCUUGACACCUUUAUAAAUAAUUACAACUCCAAUCUAGAUCUAGAUCCAUACUUUGCUGCAGAUGCUUUUGUGUUUUCAUUUGCAUUCUCUUUAAGGUCAGCUGUAUUGUGUUUGUUUAUAUGUGGCAUUUGUUGAUUUUGGUUCUUAUUCUCUUACUGCAUUACUAUAUUUUCAUAGAAGUUUAAUUUAUUUUUUUAACUACAGUUCUAACUUUAAUUGCAGCUAAUAAUCAAAUGUUUUUCUUAUUUAUGGCUUUAUUGGAAAGAGGCUUAGUGUGUCACUCACCUGUGGCUUCCCCUUUGCCACAUGGCUGACAUGCACUAUGUAAACGACUAAUAAAAACUGAAGGAAUCUAUUCAGACUGUUGCCAAGCAGAAAAUCUCUCUUGGACAUGUGCAGCAUCAACAUCAGUGGGGGAGGCGACAGUGCGGUGGGUAGAGCAGUCGUCUCCCUCCCAGAAGGUUUGAAUCUCUGUGCUUGCCGUCCACAUGUCAAAGUGUCCUUGGGCAAAACACUGAAUCCCCCCCAUUGUCCCCGUUGGUUAGAGCCAUGAGUUGAGUUGGCACUGCAGAUGGCUGCCUCGGUUCUGUACCGGAAACAAAUUCCUUGUGUGUAACAUACUUGGCCAAUAAAGGUGAUUAUCCUUAUCCUAUUAUCCUUUACAUGUUUUAGCCCAUUUACCACAAAACAUACAGUAUAUACCAACAAGGCAUGUGUGUUAGCUCUUUAAAUGUUCCUCCCAUCUCCCAUUCAGCCAGUUUCCAUUAAUAUCUGAUUUUCUUUUUCCUCUCACUGCAUCAUUGGUUAGGCUUUAUGCUAUGACUGUGAUUUCCAUAUUAUUUCUUUGGAAGCUUCUGGGAAACAAUGUAAUUUGGUUCUAAUCUGGUGAACACAGCUCAGUCAAACAAACUGAAAACUGUGUUGACAGUAAUAGAUUAAUACUGAAUGUGUAUAAGUAUCAACACACAUCUAUCCAGGAAUGAAAAAUGUUUGUUGUGAAAUCAAUUAUAGUUAAUAUAACAUGGGAAAAACUCUUUAAUAUGAACCUUUACCUGGUUGGAACCAGGGUUGAUCGAGGCAAUUAAAUUCAUCUGAGAACUUGGAGGACUUGUUCAUGUUGGUUUAACAAGAGGGAUCAGAUACAAUAUUGACAAACUCUCAAAGCCAAAGCUCCAGGACGGCUACUAAAUGGACCUUGUGAUGAGUUUGUCCUGUUUGAUUAAUACACUCAUCUCAACAGAACAAGAUUUUAUACUCUACAAUUUAGCCUGUUUUCAUUUGUUGACACUUUGAAACAGGUGUUGUAUUUCUAAGGUGUAAGAGUUAACUGCUCCCUCAUACAUAUUAACUGGGUGAUCAAAAGAAAGUAAAAACAGAGAGAAUGCCACAAAGCACAGCUUAUAAUUUUCAGUACAGUGGUAUUGACCAACUGGGAGUGUUUGUGUUUUGGAUCUGAGCUUUCACCAACAGGUGUAGUUGCACCAUUUCAGUCAAACACUUUAUUCUGCAUUAUGUACAGAUCAUCCUAUUAAAACUCUUUAUACAGUAUGUACAUAUUCAAAUAAAUCAUUAUGUUACAGCAUCUACACUAGCAGCAGGUGGAGAAACCAGGCAACAGAAGAGUGAUGUGUGUUAAAGGACACAAAGCUAAAGAAGUCGAUUAGUUUCCCUUAAUUUGAAUCCGCUGGUUCAGACUCUGACCUGGCUGCUGGGUAACAUGUUGAUGUGGUGAAUGGAACCAUCUUCAUACUGCAGAAAGUGGAAUCAGAAAAAAAA